AUGGGCAACGGCAUUGCCAAGGACUAUGAUGUGGGGCCACAGGUCGGGUCUGGAGGGCCAUUCGGACUUUGGAAGAUCUUCUCUGCCGUGCCAAAGGGUGAUGCGGGCGGCGCAGUCUCGCUGUUUGUCUUUGAUAAGAAGGCCUUUGCUGAAUCGCACUCCAAGUCGGCUACUUCUCGUGUUGUGGAUCUGUUGAGGACCUCGAUCACAAAGGCCUCGCUCCUCUGCCAUCCGGCCAUCUUGCCUGUCCUCCGCGUUCUUGAUGAGACGAGGCAGUACCUGGCCUUUACCUCGGUUCCUAUCUUUGCCUCUCUUGCGAAUUGCUUGCAUCGCUUUGAGGGCCUCGACGGCAUCCCUGGUCAUCUGGUCAAGAUGGACCUGGAGCCGCUCGAAGCCAUCCUCGGCCUGGCCAACCUCUCGGACGCGCUCUCGUUUCUUCACACCCAGGGCAAGCUUGUCCACGGCAAUCUCUCACCGUACAACGUGUACCUCUGCGCCGAUGGUGUGUGGCGGCUGUUUGGCUUUUCUUUCUCGCAGCAUGUCGGCUACGGCUCGGUGACGGCAGCUGCGCCUCCAGCAUCGUCGUCGUCGUCGUCGUUCUUUGGCUUUAAGCGCAAGUCUGCGGCAAGCAGCGGAUCAGCCGGUCCGUCGACGGCGUGGGACGGCGGGCGGCCGGACGAGCCGUGGCUCAUGCCGGAUCUCGACUACGCUGCACCCGAAGUCGUGCUUGGCAGCGAGUACGGGACCGGCGGGCCGGCGUCGGACGUGUUUGCGCUGGCGGCGCUGGCGUAUGAGGUUCUCGCUACCGACCGCAGCACGUCGGGUGGGGCGCGGUUUGCGCAGCAUGGGGCCAGUACGCUGACGUACGGCCAGUGGCUCCGGAACCUGCCGGGCAGCUUGCCAUCGCUGGCGCAGGCGCUGCCGGCCGAGAUUCGGAGCGUGUGGACCCAGAUGCUUGCGCCGCAGGUAGCGGCUCGGGCCUCACUGGUUGCCUUUGUGGCGAGCCCGGCCUUUACCAGCACAGCCGUCAAGGCAGUCCGCUACCAACUCGUCCAAGGCCUCGUUUUCAAGGGCCUGGCCGGCAUGAUCAACACGCUGCCGAUCCGGAUUCUGGAGCUGCGAGUGUGUCCGGUUCUAGUCCGUGAGCUCCGCGAGCCGCUCAUGGUUCCAUUCCUCCUUCCAAACCUGGCCGUCCUUGCACCCAAGAUCUCCAAGACGCUUGUGUACGCCACCGUCCUGCCGGGCCUCUCCAAGCACGCGUUACCGCUGGCGACUCCGCCUGCGGUUCCGCUCGUGCUCCUACAGCAGCUCUCGAUGUGGCUCGAUCUGGUACCGGACGAGUUUGUGACGAACGAGCUGGUUCCGUUUCUCCUCGCCUGUCUUGACGGCGGUCGUGGCGGGGCCGAGGUCAUCGGUGCUGCGCUGAGCGACCUUGCGCUGGUUGCGCCGACUAUUCCUUACGCCGAGCUCACGCGUGGCGUUGUGCCGCGGGUCGCCAACCUCAUCAACGGCCCGCAUGCCGUGCUGCGCGCCCCAGCGCUCGGCGCGCUUGCGCAGCUGGCCCCGCUUCUUGACGCCGGGGUGGUGAGCUCGACGCUCAUCCCGCUGCUGGAGGAGGUGUGCGGCGGCGCGCUCAGCGAUGCCCCGCUGGUUGCCGCCAUCGAGCGCGUCUACCUCGAGGUGGGAAAGAGCCUUCCGCCGCAGGCGGUCGGCACUCUUGUGGUGCCCCAGCUGCUUAAGCUUGCGAUGGCCGAGGCGCACACGCUGAGCUCGUUCGACGCAGCGAUGGCCCGACUCGAGGGUGUGCUGGGCUCGGUCCGCAGCGCGCGGCGCGAUGAGCUCCGCGAGAGCUCGUCGCUGCACGCACAGAUGCACGAGAUGGUUGGAGGUGGCAGCAGCGGCGCGGCGGACGGGAUGGCCGGAAGCGGCGGCGACGACAAUCCGUUUGCGGCGGGAGGCAACCCGUUUAGCGGCGGGGGCGGCGACAGCAGCGCGGCGGCAGCACCACCACCCAUGGCAUCUGAUCCGUUUGCCGGCAUGUUUGAGACCAGAGGGACACCAGCUGUGAGCACCAACUUUGCGGCGGACUUGCAGGCGCCGCUGCACGCGCCGCUGGCCCCGACAGCGGGAUCAGGCGUCGAUGGCCCGGUGGUGAGCAACGUCAUCGAGCCGUCGAUCUGGAACGGGCUGGCGAACCCGUUUGCGGAGAGCCCGGCUGGCGGUGGCGGAAGCGGCGGAAGCGGUAGCGGAGCGGCGAACCCGUUCUCGCUGCUGUAG